AUGAUAGCAGGUUCGAUGAAACUUUUCCCGAUCACGGAUCCUAUCAGCUUUUUCUUCCCACCAUCAGGCUACUGUCACGGCGAGGAGGGCCAGCCCGAUUCUGAUGCCGACACCGAGAUCAUGACUACAGGGGAGUCAGAGACGUGA